AUGUCAACGGCAGUUGCAUCCGCGACGGCAGCUCCCUUGUCCUCACCACAUACCACCCGCGAUCCAAGCCCGAGGAACUUCCCGACCCUGGCUCCUCCCAGUGCCCCGGCGAAUUCCUCUCCUCCGCGCAUGUCGACCGCCUCUCAAGAUGGCCCGGUCAAAGGGACGCCCGAGAACAAAGACCCAUCGUCUCCGUCUCAAGGUAGCACUGGCCCAAGGAUUACCGUGAAGAAGGAACCGCCAUCGUCCCCCCGCAUGCAGAGUCGCCCUCGGCCUCGAAAGUUGGACCUGUCGACCAGCCUCCCGUCUUCCAGUGGCCUCCAGGUGCGUGCACCGGGAGGGCCUAUGACCGCUAGGGAAGGUUUCACCAUGCAAAAUGUGGGGCUGGCUUGCCUGUCGCCUGGCUUCCAGACACAUGAUCCCAUCAUGAGAGAGCAGCUGCAGCGCAGCAUGUCAGUACGGGAUCAACAGCGGUCAAUAAUCGAGGCGCGGUUACAGAGAUCAGCCAAGGAUGAAGGUCCCGAGGGAGUCAAACCGUCCGAAUCGAAGUUUAUGGCCGUGCCAAAGUCCGGUUCCAAGCGACGACCUCCUCCUGGUCUUUCAAUUGUUCCCCCCUCCGCUUCACAGUUCGCCAAUGAGCGAGUGAUUCAGUCCGCUCCGUUGCAUCAGACAUUUACCGGCCGGUAUCAACCUCAGCCAUUGACCCGCCAUAUCGUCAACCAGAGUCCGACACUCGGCUCAACAUCGCACAUGCACCAUGUUCCCGCCACUCAGACUAACAACCGUCUCCCUCCACUCUCCGAUGUCUUUGGAUCAGAUACACUCGGCCGUGACCGUGACCGUGACCACCCCAGUUUGUAUCCGAAUGCAUCCAGCUCCAACUCCUCCCAGUCAAAUCUGGGCCCCCUGCCAUCCCCCGGUCUGCCCGGUAACAUGUCCCAAACGCCUACCCGGCCACGGGAGUAUCGUUCCGCCGAGGAGGCAGUCCAAGAGAUGUCCGGUGGUCGGGAGGAACUACUUCCCCGUAUCGUGCAUUACGGAGGUCACCAACCCCCUACUCCCCCAUCGCCCCAUGCUGGUCACAUGGCCCCCAAGACCGCACCGUUGAUCAGUGAACCCGCCCCCAGCGCUCCUCCAGCUCCACCAAUAUACUCCUUCGAUGCCACUGCUCGCCGUCGCCCGCGGAGCGAAUAUGAGCAGGAUAAUGGGAGCCCGCCCCUGGGCCAUGGCCCCGAUCCUCACAGUCGCCCCAAUCCUGCUGCGGCCAUGGGGCCUAACUCUACUUUCCCUGGUCCAUUUGGCGCAGGCAGGGACUCGCCAGAGACUCAGCGGAGAAAGAAGGAAGAGUUUUUGGGCCUGUGUGCCCGGGCUUGGGAUUUGUUCCAUUCUUGA